CACCACCAACAGAACAAAUCACACUGACAGAAAAAGUUAAAUUAUAAUAAAUAAAUAAAAUCGUCACCAAGAAAAUUUGAAGGGGAGAAAAAGUUGAAGAAGGAAAAAAAGGUGGCUUUUUGAAUUAGUUAUUUGUUUAUGGAAGCAAACGCCAUUAAUAACCAGCUUGAAAGAAUUGCAAGUUCGAAACUUUUUGAAUACCAUCACCAAGCAGACCCAACAGAGAAUACAAGGUUGUUGGCGACAACUCCGACGGAUACAGAAGUUCGACUCCACCAUCACCGGUUAUCAUACAGAUGCCCAACUCAACCAAUGAGUUCGGAAAACAUAUUGUUGAUAAAGUUCGGGAAGACAGUGAACGUGUUAGGUUGGUUGUUUCUAAUGAACCCUUGGCAGCUGAAACUGAGAAUUUACGAACUCAAGAAGAGUCUACUUUGAUAUGGUGGAUCAGAGCACUAGCAUUAUGUAUUGUUGCUCUUAUUCUUGGUCUCAUUUUUGUAAAGUGGGGGGUGCCUUUUCUUUUUGAGAAGGUUCUUUACCCAAUAAUGCAGUGGGAAGCGACUGCAUUUGGUCGUCCCGUCCUUGCCAUCGUGCUUGUUGCUUCUCUGGCCUUGUUCCCUGUGUUUUUAAUACCUUCUGGCCCUUCAAUGUGGCUGGCUGGGAUGAUUUUUGGUUAUGGUCUUGGCUUUAUCAUAAUCAUGGUCGGAACAACAAUUGGAAUGGUCCUGCCUUACCUGAUAGGACUUCUAUUUCGUGAUCGGAUCCAUCAAUGGUUAAAAAGAUGGCCCCAGAAAGCUGCUAUGCUUAGACUUGCAGGGGAAGGGACCUGGUUCCAUCAAUUUCGAGUGGUAGCUAUCUUUCGGGUUUCACCAUUUCCGUACACAAUUUUUAACUAUGCAAUUGUUAUUACAAGUAUGAGGUUUUGGCCAUACUUGUGUGGAUCUGUUGCUGGAAUGGUACCAGAAGCUUUCAUUUACAUCUACAGUGGUCGGUUGAUCAGGACAUUAGCAGAUGUGCAGUAUGGGAAUCACCAUUUAACUACUCUGGAAAUAAUAUACAACAUAAUCUCUCUCAUAAUUGCAAUUGUUACUACAAUUGCUUUCACUGUCUAUGCAAGAAAAGCUCUAAAGGAGCUCGAAAAAGAAGAGACGGAUGGCAAAGAAAGCUCGGCUGCUGAGCAAGGGAAUGUCGAGAUGGUGAAGCUUCCACUUGAGAGACCUAAGAAUUUGGGAGUUUUCAUUCCAUAACCUGAUGCUUACAGAAUAGAUGCCUGUAAAAAAAAAAACAAAAAAAAAAAAAGAAAAACUGGAUCUCUUAGGGAGGUUUUUAGAUUGUUUCUUCCUAGUUUAACCUUUUUUCUUCCUCUGUUCUUGGUUAGUACCACUUCUGGUAACUUGAUCCUUGUAACUUGAUCUCAUGAUAUAAAGGAAGUUAGAUUCUUUGUUGAUU